CCUACGAGCCCUUUGAACCCCUGUUGGACAGAAAAAGAAAAAUAUUGGACAAAUCCUUCAUAAAAAACCUCGCUGGUGGCGAAGUAUUUUUCCUUCCACAACUGGAGAGCAAAGGUUAAGUUUAUGGGAACACUGAAACAAUGACCUCGAGCUGCACCUCGGUCCCCAGACAGAAGCAGAGGAGGAGGAGGAGGAGGAGGAGGAGGAGGAGGAGCCGAGGCCGCAGGAAUUCCCAGGCUCUGUCAGCACUGGGAGAUUUCCAAAUACUCCCCUUAGAGAUCUUCCAAAUGGUGCUGAAUUAUCUCUCAGUGAAGGAUAUCAGCGUGCUGAGUUUGGUGUCCAAAAGCAUCAGUGGUGGUGUCAUUAAUUAUAUCUGCACCUCAUCAGGGAGUCACAGGAUGCUGCUGCAGGAUUUCCAUCAGCUCCCCAGCCCAGGAGAAGGAGCCUCCAUCCUGGAGCACUACAGAGCUCUGGGACUGCUGCUCAAGAGGUGCACCCUGCUGCUGCCCACCAGGGACAGGCUCAAGUACGUGCACAAGGUGCUCUCAGGGGUCUCCUGUUUCAAGCUGAAUGGUUGUGCCAGUCCUCUGCACUGCCUGGGCUUGCAGUGCUAUGGGGUGUUCCUACAGAUCCUGACCGCGGGCUGGGAUGAGCUCGAGUGCCACCGGGUGUUCAACUUCCUCUGGGAGCUCAGCAAUUUAGCCAGGAAAGUGCAGACUGUGGUCAGCAGCAAACCAGGCAGUGCCCGGAGGCUGGAGCUGCGGAUCCGCCUGUACUGCCGGGGGGUGCUGCUGGCCGGGAGCCGCCGCGGCGACUCCGCCUUUUGGCUCACGCGUAUCCUCAAACCCUGGCCCAUGGUGAACCAGGCCCGCCUGCUCUACAUCAUCUUCGGACCCGUGUCCUCCCGCGAUGGACAUGUGGUCUGGCAGAAAAUGAUAGAAGGACCAACAGAUGAGACCAGUCUGAAGGGUUUAGCUGAUGCAAUUAAGCUGCUGUAUGGUACAGAAGCUAGAGAAUGGACAGCAGAUGAUGUUAUCAGUCUUGUGGAUGAGCUGUCAGUGGUUCCCCAGGAGUGGCUGAUGGAGAACAACGCUCGGCUCCUCCUCCUCAGUGGGAACAGCAUCUGCUUCACCUUCCUGGCCAGCAAAGCUGUGAAUGGCAGAGCUGUGGAGCUGGCCAGGCUCAUGGUCUUCAUGGUUCUGGUGUGUGAGAAGGACCUGUACUGCAUGGACUGGGCAGUGAAGAUGAUGCAGAAGGUCUGCAAAGUUUUCAGCACUCCCUGGGAGAGAAACAACUUCCUGGAGUGCCUGGAGAACGCCUUUGCUCACAUGCUCAUGGACAUGCUGCAGGCAGUGCUGGCUGGGGAGCGGGAUGAGGAGGACAGCAGCUUCCUGAACCUCUUCCACCUGAUGAAUGCACAGGCCAACUUCCACAAGGAAAUCCUCUACAUGGCCGUGGGCAACACCAGCGGCACCACCUGA